CCCACACAGUUAGUCUGUCAGUUCGACUUUCGAAUCAUCUCAAGAAAGAAGCCAACAUCUCAGCUUAAAAUGCAGUUCCUGGCCACCUUAUCCCUGAUCUUCAUCCUAGCAGGACUGACUGCAGGGCAGUCAGAUGUCAUCUGCACCUUGGAACCCUUGCCUGUGGGACAGUGUAAUACCCGAAGGAUAGGGUUUUCCUAUUCGGGAAUUCGAAACCGCUGCCUAAACACCGAAUUCUAUGCAUGCCAGGUCAGGGGAAACUUCUUCCCCAAACGGAGUGACUGCGAGUCCAAGUGCAAGCCAGAGGUCACUUUAAGAAAUAACCCUUUCAGCUACUUCGCCGAAAGAGCUAUCGAGGAGGCUCGCAAAAUGUUUGCGCGAGUGGUACCUCCAAAUUUAAAUUUUCUGAACUAAUUGAUAAAUAAAUGCAUUUUAUGGGUUGCAUAUCUGAUGAAGGGUUAUGCAAUAGUUUUUGCAAAUAUCUAA